CUGCCUCCUCCUCCUCCUCCUCCUCCUCCCGCCGCUCCCGCUCCCACAUCUGCAGCUGGAAUUGCAAUUUGAGGCGCUGCCUGGGACAGGGAGUGGGAGGAAGCCGGAGCACGGGGGGCUGCGCGGGGCCCCGGCGGGGACAGAGCCGCGGGGACAGAGCCGCGGGCAGGACGGGGACAGAGCCGAGGGGACAGAGCCACCAGCCCGGGGCACAAAGCGGGGGGUCCCCAACCUGUGUCCCCCCCCACAGCGGUGGGCAGCGAGGCCAUGGCCAUGCUCCUGGAGCCUGGGAUGCAGAGCCUGCGCAUGGGUGCCAACGGUGAGCGGUGCCCGACGCCGUCCCCGCCCGGCUCCCCGGGGACGCCCCACGACAGCUGCAGCAUCGCCCCGCUGACGCCCUCCCAGUCACCGCGGAGUGAGGCGCGCUCCCAGCAGGGGCCGUCCUUCUCCGUGGUGGUGGCCAUCGACUUCGGCACCACCUCCAGUGGUUACGCCUUCAGCUUCACCAGCGACCCCGAGGCCAUCCACAUGAUGAGGAAAUGGGAGGGGGCGCCGGGCGUGGCCAACCAGAAGACCCCCACCAGCCUCCUGCUGACCCCGGAGGGGACAUUCCACAGCUUCGGCUACACCGCCCGCGAUUACUACCACGACCUGGACCCCGAGGAGGCCCGCGAGUGGUUCUACUUCGAGAAGUUUAAGAUGAAGAUCCACAGCACCAGCGAUCUGACCAUGAAAACCGAGCUGGAAGCUGUCAACGGGAAGAAGAUGCCGGCGCUGGAGGUGUUCGCCCACGCGCUGCGCUUCUUCAAGCAGCACGCGGUGCAGGAGCUGAAGGACCAGUGCCCGUCCCUGCCCGAGAGCGACGCCAUCCGCUGGGUGCUCACCGUGCCGGCCAUCUGGAAGCAGCCGGCCAAGCAGUUCAUGCGGGAAGCGGCCUACAAGGCCGGGCUGGUGUCCCCGGAGACGCCGGAGCAGCUGCUGAUCGCGCUGGAGCCCGAGGCCGCCUCCAUUUAUUGCCGGAAGCUGCGGCUGCACCAACUGAUCGAGCUCAGCUGCCGCCCCCCGGCCAACGGCACCGAGACCCCCCACCCCAUCGACUCCAGCUUCCGGCAGGCCCGGGAGCAGCUCCGGCGAUCCCGGCACAGCCGCACCUUCCUGGUGGAGUCGGGAGUGGGCGAGCUCUGGUCGGAGAUGCAGGCAGGUGACAGGUACAUCGUGGCCGAUUGUGGCGGGGGCACGGUGGAUCUGACCGUGCACCAGAUCGAGAAGCCGCAGGGGACGCUGAAGGAGCUCUACAAAGCCUCGGGAGGUCCCUACGGGGCCGUGGGCGUGGACCUGGCCUUCGAGAAGCUUCUGUGCCACAUCUUCGGGGACGAUUUCAUCGCCACCUUCAAGGCCAAGCGUCCGGCGGCCUGGGUGGACCUGACCAUCGCCUUCGAGGCGCGGAAGCGCGCGGCCGCCCCGAGCCGCUCCAGCCCCCUCAACAUCUCCCUGCCCUUCUCCUUCAUUGACUUCUACCGCAAACACCGCGGCCACAACGUGGAGACCGCGCUCCGCAAGAGCAAUGUGAACCUGGUGAAGUGGUCGUCCCAAGGGAUGCUGCGGAUGUCCCCCGAGGCCAUGAACGAGCUGUUCCAGCCAACCAUCAGCCACAUCAUCCAGCACAUCGAUGCCCUCCUGAAGAAACCCGAGGUCCACGGCAUCAAAUUCCUGUUCCUGGUGGGUGGCUUCGCCGAGUCGGCCAUGCUGCAGCGGGCGGUGCAGGCCGCCUUCGGCCACUGCUGCCGGGUCAUCGUCCCGCAGGACGUGGGGCUGACCAUCCUCAAGGGGGCCGUGCUCUUCGGCCUGGACCCCGGCGUGGUGCGGGUGCGCCGCUCGCCACUCACCUACGGCGUGGGCGUCCUCAACAAGUUCGUGGAGGGCAAGCACCCGCGUGAGAAGCUGCUGGUCAAGGAGGGCAAGAACUGGUGCACCGACAUCUUCGAGAAGUUCGUCACCGUGGACCAGUCGGUGGCCUUGGGCGAGGUGGUCCAGCGGAGCUACUGCCCGGGGCGGCCCGGCCAGCGCCGGACCAUCAUCAACAUCUACUGCUGUGACAGCGACGACGUGGUGUACAUCACCGACCCCGGCGUCAGGAAGUGCGGCACCAUCAGCCUGGAGCUGGGCGACGCGGGCGACGCGGGCGCGGGCGCGGGGCGCGAGAUCCGCACCAGCAUGCAGUUUGGGGACACCGAGAUCCGACGUGCCACCAUUGACUUGCUGUCCAACUGGGACUACUCAGUAUGUGCCACCAUCGACUUCCUGUCCAACUGAGGGGACCCUGGGACGUAACACCAUUGACUUGCUGUCCAACUGAGGGGACCCUGGGAGGUGCCACCAUUGUCUUCUUGUCCAACUGAGACUACUCAGUAUGUGCCACCAUUGACUUCCUGUCCAUCUGGGACUACCCGGGAUGUGCCACCUCCUGUCCAACUGAGGGGACCCUGGGACGUGCCACCAUCAACUGCCUGACCAACUGGGACUACCCAGGAUGUGCCACCAUUGUCUUCCUGUCCAUCUGGGACUACCAAGGAUGUGCCGCCAUUGACUUCCCAUCCAAUUGAAGGUACCCUGCGAUGUGCCACCAUCGACUUCCUGUCCAACUGGGACUACCCAGGACGUGCCACCAUCAGCUUCCUGUCCAAAUGAGGGGAUCCUGCGAUGUGCCACCAUUGUCUUCCUGCGCAACUGAGAUCACCCUGGAUGUCCCACCAUCCACUUCCCAUCCAAUUGACAAGCCUCUGGAACAUGCCACCAUCAGCUUCCCAUCCAACUGGGACUACCCAGGAUGUGCCUCCAUCAACUUCCUGCCCAAUUGAGGGGACCCUGGGACGUGCCACCAUUGACUUGCUGUCCAACUGAGACUACUCAGGAUGUGCCACCAUCGACUUUGUGUCCAACUGAGGGGACCCUGUGAUGUGCCACCAUUGACUUUGUGUCCAACUGGGACUACCCAGGAUGUGCCACCAUCGACUUCCUGUCCAACUGAAGGGGCCCCUGGGACGUGCCACCAUCAACUUCCUGACCAACUGGGACUACCCAUGAUGUGCCACCAUCAACUUCCUGUCCAAUUGAGGGGACCCUGGGACAUGCCACCAUUGUCUUCCUGUGCAACUGAGACUACUCAGGAUGUGCCACCAUCGACUUCCUGCCCAACUAAAACCUUCCUGGAGACUCCACCAUUGAAUUAAUCUCCAACUGAGCCCCCCUGUCAUCAUGGGGACAGCCCCAGGACCUGCCAUCCUGGACUUCCUGUCCAACUGAGACCUUCCUGGAGCUCCCACCAGGGACAUCUUAUCCAACUGAGACCUUCCUGGAGACACCACCAUGGACAUUUUAUCCAACUGAGACCUUCCUGGAGACGCCACCAUGGACAUUUUAUCCAACUGAGACAUUCCUGGAGACGCCACCAUGGACAUCUUAUCCAACUGAGACCUUCCUGGAGAUGCCACCAGGGCCUUCCUGUCCAACUGAGAUGUUCCUGGAGAUGCCACCAUGGACAUCUUAUCCAACUGAGACCUUCCUGGAGAUGCCACCAUGGACAUUUUAUCCAACUGAGACCUUCCUGGAGCUCCUACCAUGGCCUUCCUGUCCAACUGAGGGGCCUAGGGAGAUGCCACCAUCAAUUUAAUCUUCAGCUGAGUCCCCACCAACAUCAUGGGGACCUCUGGGACCUGCCACCACGGACUUUCUGUCCAACUGAGAUGUUCCUGGAGAUGCCACCACGGACUUUCUGUCCAACUAGACCUUCCUGGAGAUGCCACCAUGGACAUCUUAUCCAACUGAGACCUUCCUGGAGAUGCCACCACCUAUUUCCACCCCAGCUGAGACCUCCUGUCACUGUGGGGACCACACCAGGACCUGGCACCAUCGAUUCCCUGCCAGACUGAGACCCCCCCCUUAUCCUGGGGACCCCAAUCCCUGUCCCCCACCCUCUCCCAGUCCCCUUUAACUGGAAUUGGCCUCGUGACCCUGCCCCGUGCCCCACCCGGGACUAUUCGGGAUUACCCACCCAGGGGUGUCCCCUGUCCCCCUGGGCAGGGUCACAGAGGGGAUCUGGGCUCCCAGCCCAUUCCCAGUGGGAUUUUCCUCCUUCCCGAGGUGGGGAUUUUGUACUUUAACCCCUCCCCCAGGCAUGUAAAAUAUCUUUAUAUUUAUAUACAUAUAUAUAUAUAUAUAUAUAUAUAUAUUUGUAGGCACAUAAA